CGCGGCGUUCGAAUAUGUCUCAAUAACCGUUAGUGAGCUAGUAUGCAUGAGUUUAAGUUUAGGUUAGUUACUGUAUUAACUGUGUCCAGGUUAGAUGUUAUGAUUCUAGCUUAGCUGUAGGAGUCACUUAUAUAACUGUAAAACUACGUUUGGAUCAUAAAUCAAGGCGUGUGGUCAUGGCUCUGGCGUCUCCGUGCGGGAUUCUGUCCGAUGAGGAGGAGUGUGGGGCUGUGUUUGAGUCCACAGCUGCUGAUAUUGGAGCUCUGAUGAUGAGAUCCCAGCGCUUUGUGUCUCCUCUGCCGGAGAUCUCUGUCAUCAGCCCUGCUGCAGAGCCCCAAACUCCCACUCAAGAGCCUGUGCAGAUCAAGCCUGAUGUCAGCGCUGACGACGGGUCCGAGAAGCUGAAGGUUUUCCUGCGGAUCCGUCCUCUGACUGAAGCAGAGCAGGGUUGUGUGAAUGUGCAGUCCAAGGACAGUCUGCUUCUCCGAGCGCCCAAAGACUCCCGCAACAUGAAGAGUGCCGAGAGAGGCGUCGCUCAGAGCCUGCACAAGUUCACCUUCACAAAGAUUUUUGGAGCGCAGAGCUCUCAGCAGGAGGUUUACGAUCACACCAUACGGGAGAUGGUGCGAGAUGUUAUGCGUGGAGAAAACCGGCUCCUCUACACUUACGGCGUGACCAACUCGGGCAAAACCUACACCAUACAGGGUGCGGGUGGAGACGCGGGUCUGCUGCCGCGAGCGUUAGUCUCUGUGUUCCUGAAGCUGUCUGGACGACUGUACUCUGCCAUGGACCUCAAGCCUGUACUGAGCCAGGAGGUCCGUAAACUGGACGCGGAAGAGGUCCGUGCUGAGGAGAUGCGACGGGACGCUUUGCUCAAAGAGGAGGAAAGCACGGCUGGACAUCAGUCUCGGCUGCGAGCAGGUUUGUCCUGGGACAGCGGCGUCAGCGGACUCUCAGCGACCAGCCACAUCGCAACACAGCUGGAGGACUCAGCUGGCGUGUGUUUGGAGGCGAAUGGUUUGUGUCUCAGCGGUGGGGAGGAUCUUGAGGAGGGUGUGCAGUUCUCAGUCUGGGUCUCGUUUUAUGAGAUCUACAACGAGUUUCUUUACGAUCUCCUGGACGCUCCACCUUCACUUCAGUUUCGCAAGAGAGCCACACUACGCCUCAGCGAUGACAAACAUGGAAAUCCUUACGUAAAGGAUCUGACCUGGAUUCAGGUACUGAGUGCAGAAGAGGCCUGGAGAGUGCUUAAAGUUGGACAACGCAACCAAAGUUUUGCCAGCACUCACCUAAACCACAACUCCAGCCGCAGCCAUAGUAUCUUUACUAUCCGUGUUCUACAUGUCAAGCCUCAAGCGGAGCUGGGACAGGUGACCAGAAUCAGCGAGCUCUCUGUGUGUGAUUUGGCGGGGUCUGAGCGCUGUAAAACCCAGCAGAACGGCGAGAGAAUGAAGGAGGCGAACAACAUCAACACCUCUCUGCUGACGCUGGGCCGCUGCAUCACUGCCCUGAGACACAAUCAAACCAAUAAGUCUCGUCCUCCGCUGGUGGUCCCGUUCAGAGACAGCAAGUUAACCAGGGUCCUGCAGAGCUUCUUCUGUGGUCAGGGCCGCUCCUGCAUGCUGGUCAACAUUAACCCCUGCGCCUCCACCUACGACGAGACGCUGCAAGCGCUCAAGUUCUCUGCCAUCGCCACACAGCUGGUGCAUGGGCCGUGCAGUAAGACGCGAGUGGCUUAUAUUCUGUCGCUGCUCCGUGAGCAUCCCGCACAUCCCAACAACACCACUCUACUGGAGGAGGAGGAGGAGGAGGAGGAGGAGGAGGAAGGAGACAUCACCAUGUUUGAUCCUGAAGCGCUGCUGAGGGCCAUCGAUGUUCUGAAGCGUGAAGUGCUGCGUCAGCGGCAGGAGAAAGAGGAGCUGGAGGCCGCGGUUCGAGAGCAGGUCUGCACUGAGAUGAUGGAGGUCAUCAGCCGCAUGCAGGACGACUUCAGCGAGACGCUGGAAACCGAGAGGGAUCUGAUGGAGAAGAGAUGCGAGAACAAACUCAACAACUUGAAGAGCAGCCUGAAGAAAUAUUACAGCCAGGAGCUAGAGGAGCGAGAUGAAGAGAUCCGAGAGCUCACUGCUGCUCUGAAGGAGAAGGAAGAGGCUCAUAUAGCUCCCGCUCCUAUUUUCCCGCCUCUGAGUGACGUCAGUGCUCCGCGGCGCUCGCGGCGUUUGGCUUCAUCACACAAGCGAGACGCGGAUCCCGAGAGCGAGGAGCUGGAGCUGAAGACGCUCGGAAAGCUGGAACAAGAUUCAAAGAUCAAAUCAACUGCAGAGCUGAAGCGUCUCCAGGAGAGUGGGCCCCUGGCGGGAGCCACAGGAACCCUGACGACUUCAGCCGAGCGCAAGCUGCAGGAGGGCCAGCGGAACCUGAAGCAGCUGCGGAUGGAGCUCCAGAUGCUGGGUGUGGAGCUGCAGUCUGGAGAACGAGCGUGCUGUCGUAACACCGACGGAGAGAAGCUGCGCAUCGCACUCUCCUCCGCCGACGGCAGACUCGCCAAACAGGAUCAGAUGCUGGUGGAGCUGCACAGCAGUCUGCAGCUGGUCAAAGCAGAUCUGCGCAGGAAAGACAAGCUGCUGGUGCGCUCGCAGAGCAAACCGCCUCCUCCAGCGUCCGGCUCCGGCAAGAAGAGAGGCUGCGGGGUGGAGAACCAGCCUCCGGAGAAGCGGCCCUUCUUCCGCACGUUACACUCACACCAGCCGUCGCCUCCGUCCACUCCCAUCCAGCGCCGAUUCAAAUAUUAGCAGCAGACACAGCUCUUAUA